UGUAACGCAUGACAAUGUUUUGAUUCAUUUAGAUGUUAUUUACCGGAAUUUUCUGCGAUUGAUUGAGUACUUAUAUGUAUUUGAUUCGCAUUUAUUUGUCUAUUUAAUUCCAUCUGUAUAUUAAAUUUCAUAGGACAGAUGAAAGGAAAGCUAUAUCAAGACCUUUCCUAAAAAAGUUACAACAUGCUUUUGUCACGAAUUCCUUUCAAGCAUAUAAAGCUAUUUAAUAUACAAAGAAUUAUUCUACCUGGAAGCAGCAACUGCCUUAUUGGAAAUGCAUCAAUUACAAAUAAUUGGAAAAAUUAUACACAUACCAGAGGUGUUAAAAACUUUGCUCAUCGUCGAAGCAAAGGCAUGCCUAUGGGUGCUAUACUAUAUCAGGCAUUUUUAGUUCUUGUUUUAGCUUCAUGCCUGAUGGACUGGAGAUUAGUUAAAGACUUUAAAAUCAGCAAAUUUUGGUCUGAUGUUCCACCUUCUGUUGAGGCUGCCUCUGCUUUAGCCGAAAACAAGAAAAAAUCCAAGAAGAAUGAGGAUAGUGAUUCAGAUCAAGAAGUUCAGGAAGAAAAACAAGAGGGUAAGAGUAAAAAGAAGGACCGUCCUGGGUUUCGUGAUAGAAAGAUUAUAGAAUAUGAAAAUCGAAUACGUGCAUAUUCCACUCCUGACAAGAUAUUUCGAUAUUUUGCCACACUCAAAGUAUAUAAUGAGCAGGGUGAUUCAGAAAUCUUCAUGACUCCAGAAGACUUCUUGCGAUCACUUACACCUGGUGUCAAACAACCUGAAGGAUUGGGACUCGAUCAAUAUAAGCGAGUUGAACUAAAGGCUGAUGCUUUACAUGUUCCUGGGUGUAAGCUAGACAUAGAAGUGCAAACUGCUGAUUCAAAUAAAACUAUGUUGACUCCAAAUAAAGAAAGCAUAUUUUCUAAACUUGGAGCUUCUGAAUUGAUUGGAUUUUCAGAAUAUAUGUUUCUUAUCACAAUUUUAUCAGCUUCAAAAAGACAUUUUGAAAUUGCAUUUCGAAUGUUCGAUUUGAAUGGAGAUGGAAAUGUUGAUUAUGAAGAAUUUGAAAAAGUUCAAACGAUUAUCAGAAGUCAAACAAGUGUUGGUAUGCGACACAGGGACCAUUCAAACACUGGAAGCAUCUACAAGUUUAUGGGAAGUGCAUUAUCAACAUACUUUUUUGGUCCAAAUUUGGAUAAAAAAUUAACUAUUGAGAAAUUUUUGGAAUUUCAACAUCAGCUCCAGACAGAAAUUUUGACACUGGAAUUCCAGCGAAAGAGACCUAAUGCAGAUGGAUACAUUCGUGAAGUUGAUUUUGCUGAUUUACUUUUGACAUAUGCUGGUUUAUCUGAGAAAAAGCAUGUGAAAAUGCUGAAGCGAGUAAAAAAAAUAUUUAAAAAUUCAAGGGGUAUAAGUCUUGAUGAUUAUUUAUUGUUUUUUCACUUCCUGAAUGAUAUCAAUGAUGUAGAUACAGCUUUAACAUUUUAUCACAUUGCUGGAGCGUCGAUAGACCAAGCAACUUUGAAACAUGUAGCUAAAACAGUGACCCAUUUAGAUUUAAGUGAUCAUGUUAUUGAUGUAGUCUUCACACUAUUUGAUGAAAACUCGGAUGGACAGCUAAGCAAUCGAGAAUUUGUUGCUGUCAUGAAAGAUCGAUUACAUCGUGGUUUGGAAAAACCUAAAGAUACAGGAUUUGUGAAACUUAUGGACUCAGUAUGGAAAUGUGCAAGGCUUAAAAAGCCAGUAUUGCUUGAUGUUUGAGAAGUGUUCUUAUCUUUGCAGUUAUUUAUUUUAUCUCAUUAUUUAUAGUACAUUGUAGCAUAUAAAAAAGUAAGAGCGUCUCAGGUCAUAUAAAGAAUAGGUUUCUAAUAUCACCCUGUAUUUAGUUUCUAUCGCUAAAGCUAUUCAAAGUAAUUUGUACUUUUUGUGCUUGCUAAAAUGUAAGCUUAAACAAACUGUCUCAUUUAUUCAUUUGUCUUCUAUAAUCAAGUUAGAUGAGAGGAGUUGAUGCAUUUCAGAUUAAAAUAUCUCACUUUUAACUGUGAUUUGUUAUGUAGUUUAGAGUGUUUUAUCACUUUCAUAGCAUGUUAUGAAAUUUGCAGAAUUUAGCUGUAAUAAUACAACUAUUUAUCUAUCUUCAUAAAAUGUAAUUAAAAUGUUACAAAAACCUGAA